CUUCAAGUCACACAGAAGAGCUUGAAGCGGUUGAACGGCAAACCACGACAACGACAAACGACAAGAGGAUCGGAUCCCGAGCGACUCCUCCCGCACAGUCAUUAACACCUUCGUCGACGACAUCCUCCGAAACCUCAUCCCCAUCUCUUAUCGCGCAUCAUGGGUAAAGUUCACGGAUCCCUCGCCCGUGCGGGUAAAGUCAAGUCUCAGACCCCCAAGGUCGAGCCUCAAGAGAAGAAGAAGUCCCCCAAGGGUCGCGCCAAGAAGCGCCUGCAAUACACCAGACGAUUCGUCAACGUCACCAUGACCGGUGGAAAGCGAAAGAUGAACCCCAACCCUACCUCAUAAACGCAUUUCUUUACGGUUUUUCUUGCUCUGUUGUGUUAUGUUUUUAUGCGUUGGGAAUCAUUUAUCUCCUUUAAAAACCGGCCGGAAUGAGAAUUGAACGAGCCCACGGAGCUAUUUUCACGAUCAGUUUCGCGAUGCCCUAUUGCCCUCAUUCGCAACGUGGUGGAAGAGUAGGACCGAAUGGGGGGAGAGAUGUGUGUAUUCAUGAACACAAUAACAGGCGACUCAGUGAAGUCGGGGAAGAGGACUAAACGGGCCUAGUUACAAUACCUCUCGGCACAUUUGUGUAACCAUUUCUGAAUAUAUAUUUUACUCUUGUGUCGGGUACUUCGGAAAUUCAAUUUUCAAUUUUUUUUCUCCUUUGCGCCUGGUUUCUUGGUGUUGACUCAGUAAUAUUUUCCGGCCUCGACCUUUGUGAUGCCAAAGAGGCUAGCUGGGUACGGAGUAUCUUGUAUUGAGUGAUGUUUUUAGCGGCUUCAUCCCGAUCGCAGUACGCAAUCUACACCUCGAAUUUGUUUUGCGGAUUUUAUGCCUUCAUAAUCGCUACCUUCUACAUUUGAGUAUUCUUUUUAGAGGAUCCGUUGAUAGACUCUCGUCUGGUUCCAAACCCGGACCUGCGAUGCUAAGAGCUCUGAACCUCAUUAAGAGCAUCGUUGUUCUAUGUACAGUACAUAUCUGCUAAUUACAUCCUCUUCCGC